AUGGUGAAACUGAAGACAGGGUCUCUCUGGUUCCUCGCUGCCUUCCUCUUCCUGUCCACUGUUCCCACAGUGGCUGAGGUGGUAGAGGAGGUGUCCCUGUGUGAAGAGUUUCUCCUUCAGGGAACGCCUCCACAGAUCCCAGACAUCAUAGUCGGCAGGGACAUCCAGAACCAGAACCGAUACAAACCCAUUUGCCAGACUUACAAUGAUGUGAGAAGGUUUCUGACGCUCUACGACACCCAGAACAGGAUUCCAGUGUUUUCUGCUUACGUGUACAGAGAGGAUGGAAAAGGGACGAGAUACAAUAAAUGGAAGAUCGAGCCACAGCUUGAGAACAGAGGGGGCAACAACAUGGUGAAUGUAGAAAGAAACGGAAUCUACAACAACCAGGCCGGAGACAUUGAUUACAGAAAGAAUGGACUGGGGUUUGACAGGGGCCAUUUAUUUCCAAGCUCUCAUGCGUUCAACCAAGAUGACAAAAUAUCCACCUUCACCCUGACCAACAUCGUUCCACAAAUAAAGGCAUUCAAUGGGAAAAGCUGGGGCAGAAUGGAGAUUUGUGGUGGUGGGAGCACAACCCGGCAACAACAAUCUCAACGGCAGGGUUAAUAUUCCCACCCAGCUCUGGUCCGCAUUCUGCUGCUUCAGUGCCGACAGGAACGCGUGGAUAGCGAGUGCGUUCUGGGGCAACAAUGUAGCAGAUACACGCCCAAAACAACAUAUGCAGACCAGGACCCUGAGAGAGCUCUGUGAUAACCUGAGAAUUGAUGUGUUUCCUCCAACCGGGCAAGACUUGCCUUCCGUUUGUCCUCUCGACACAACUGUUGCUGGGCUUUACCCAGAAUUUGCAAACCAAAACAACUGUAAUUGCCCAACCUGAAUUUAACCAUGUAUGCCCUUCCCAUGUCAAGCUCUGCCCCUUUCACCUCCACAUCUGGCCCUCUAGCUUCAACACCAGGUGUCAGUCUUAUAUUGUACCCCACAACCCCGCCCCCUUUUUCUUUUAAGCUUCAAUCUGAGCAAUUUAUUUAUAUUUUACUGUACUAUACUUUUAGUGUAAUUUCAUUUGUUACAAUGAUAGGACACUGGAUGAGUGUUCUUCGAAUGGCUUCAGAUGGAAGACACAAAGUAAAUGUACAUGAUUUGUAAAAUGUGAAUGAAAUAAAGUGCAGAACAGCCUGACUGCAAA